GUCUUGCGCCGGCUCUCCUCCGCGCGUGGGCACACAGUGAGAGAGAGAAUUCCGUAUAAAACAGAGCGGCCGGUACUCUCUCUGGCUCAGCGUCUCUGUGUCACACUGCAGUGCUGAUCUGCUCUCUCACAGCUGAAGUUUUCUCUGUCACGCUGUCGUUUGUCUCGUAGUGGGAAAUAAAUUCCUGUCCAUGGUUGUGACUGGAACCUCUAAAAUGUCCCGAGCCGACGAGGUGCACCGCAUAACGGAGAAUGUCUACAAGUCCAUCAUGGAGCAGUUUAACCCCUGCUUGAGGAACUUUGUAGCCAUGGGGAAGACGUACGAGAAGGCUCUUUCUAGUGUGACAUUUGCAGCAAAAGGCUACUUCGACGCCCUGGUCCGGAUGGGUGAACUGGCCAGCGAGAGUCACGGCUCUAAGGACCUUGGGGAUGUACUCUUUCAGAUGGCAGAAGUCCACAGACAGAUUCAGAUGCAGUUGGAAGACAUGCUGAAAUCCUUCCACAAUGAGCUCCUGACAGAACUGGAGAAGAAGGUCGAGCUGGAUGCACGCUACUUAAAUGCCGCUUUGAAGAAAUACCAGAUGGAGCACCGGAGCAAAGGAGAAAGUCUGGAGAAGUGCCAGGCGGAGCUGAAGAAACUGCGACGGAAAAGCCAGCAAGGCAGCAAGAGCGCAUCCAAGUAUAGAGAUAAUGAGAUGCAGUAUGUGGAGACCAUCAGUAGCAGGCAGAGCGAGCUGGACAGCCACAUCGCAGAGGGCUACGUAAAUGCCCUGACAGAGGAGAGGAGAAGGUACUGCUUCCUGGUGGACCGCCAAUGUGCCAUAGCCAAGAGCACCAACACUUACCACACCAAGGGUAAAGACCUGCUGAUGCAGAAGAUCCCGAUGUGGCAGCAGGCAUGUUCUGACCCCCAUAAACUCCCAGACCGAGCUGUUCACCUUGCACAGCAGAUGAGCUCAGGGGGAACACUGGGUACAGGACAACAGCAUGCCUCUAAAUCUAAUUUGGUGAUCUCAGAUCCCAUACCAGGAGCCAAACCUUUACCUGUUUCACCUGAACUGGCUGCUCUCAUGGGCAACCAACAGAGGAUGAUGGGAAUGGAAAGUGUUCCAAUGUUGAAUGGAACAUCUGGGGCACAUGGAGAGGACUACCAGCACUGGAUGGAUAGCCAAGCUGCACAGGCCAAAUCGGCCUCAACACAGGUCCACCGGCAAAGCGGUGAGAUCUACUCUAACACACUGCCUGUCCGCAAAGUGGCACCAACCAAGAGCAAGAGCACUGUGGCAGAGACUCAGACACUGCCUAGGUCGAGCUCAGUUGCGGCUGGCCUGGAGAGGAAUGGGCGGACCCGUGUCCAGGCAAUCUUUUCACACUCAGCCGGAGACAACAAUACACUGCUCAGCUUCAUUGAAGGCGACAUUAUCACACUGCUGGUGCCCGAGGCCCGGGACGGGUGGCACUAUGGAGAGAGUGAGAAGACGAGGAUGCGAGGAUGGUUCCCCUUCUCCUACACCAGAGUGAUCCCCGAGACAGACGGCAGCCGACUCGGCGUCAGUUUUCAGCAUGGUAGGAGCUGCAGCACAGGGAAUCUUCUUGAGAGAGAACCGAUGGUUCUGCCGUCUCCAGAUUACGGCCCCACCUCUCGGCUAAUGGCACAGAACGCCUCACUGGGCAGACAUCAGAGAACAUACAGCGUUGCAACGCCAGGAUUCUCGCAGCAAGGGCUUGACGGCUACGAGGCCCGUUUCCCAACAAGUUCGGAGAUCAAAUUGAUUUCGACAGUGUGAAAGGACAGACACACAGACACCAACCGUCCUUCUCCCCUCACUCCCUCACUCGGUUGUUUCCCUCAUUCGUCCAUCCGCCUUUUCACCCACCAAAGAAGAGGAGAAACGCCCACCUUCCCUUUCCCUCUUAUUACACCACUCGUUAGCUCUUAUAAAUCUCCACGGAACAGUUCUCACAACGCUUCAGUUUUGAGGACUACGGGUCUGUUGUUAAUGAGCUCACUGAAAUGGACUCAGAAAAACAGUGAAUAUGUAACUCUUGCUUUUCUUUCAUGCAUAUUGAAAGUGCACAUUUUUUGGGUUGCAGAAAUGGGACUAAAAUCUGUGGCUGAAGAUGAGGCUGCAGUAGUGAGUGGCUGCUUGACGCAUAACAUUUUUACAUUUUAAGUGAAGGAAAAGCUCUUUUACUUUGUCAGACAAAUGAGCUUUCUUACACAAGUGAUGUAAUCCUCACAGUCAGCCAAAGUCUGUUCUUUUUUCUUUUUUUUUUAUUGCACUUAGCAUUUAAGAUGUUCUGUAGAAGACAGCUCGUUCUUCAUUUGUGCUCCCUGAAAUCCCUGAAUAAUAAAUGACCGAAAUUGUCUUUACAGCUA